AUGAUUCGAAGACUGGGAGAAGCGACGCUGUAUCGCGCGGAGAGCCCGUCGCAGAACUCGCUCGUUUCGCAUCACAACUCGGACGUCUCACUGCCUUCUGUUGACUAUUCCCAGGUGAGAUUCAAACUAUUUGAAGACGUGCACAUUAAUUCUAGGAGGACAGACAUUCGUGCAACACCCUUGUCGCCGACGAAUGGUCGCAAAACGGAGAAGCCAUUCAGCCGCUUCGGAAUCCGACUGAAACUCCCACUCCGGCCGGAAGAAUCAUCUCUCGUCGUGAGAUUUCCAACACAGAAUCGGAUUUAUGCAAAAAGGUCAGUGAGACGGAAAGAUAUUCAAAUUGGCCUAAUGGACCGAUCGACCUCAGCACUUAUGGACAUUUUACAGCUUUCGCUGAUAGUCGAUCUCGUUUCGGACUUUGCGAACGACGCGAAUCGGUUGUAUGAAAGUGCAGACGAACUGUUGAAGGAGUUGAGAACUAAGAUUCGGGUCUACAUUUAUUAUCUGGAUGUGGAGAUGUCCGACGUCGAGAAGCUUCUUCGUUUCAACGUGGACAGAUCGACCAUUUGUGAUGAGAGAAUCGACUGGCUCUUGCAUUACACAAAAUGCCACGUUCGUGCCCCCAAGCCUUCUCAGAUUAAUUCCAAAACUUUAAUUGCAGAAAGAAAUGCGAAGAGUGCUGAAUGAACUAUCGGAAGACGUCUGUGAAGAUCUAGAAUCUUGUCUGGAACUGAGAGCAAAGGGAAUAAUCGGAAAGAAACCGAGUGCAAUCACUCUUUCCACCCUUUCCGGAAUGCGUGAAGGAAUGCAAAAAGCAGCCAAGCUUCUCGGCUGCAUGCCUCGUCAAAGGGCCUAA